UUAUGUUGAAACUGAAAAAUAAUAGGAACUUUUAAUCAAGUUCUUCGUCAUGUAACACGAAACGACAGAGUAUUGUAAUUAAUGUGCUAUGCUUUAAUUGGCUUAUUUGGACGUAUGCAUACGUUCUCGAUUAAAAUAUCACAUUACUGUUCUUAUAUUUCACUUGAUAUCAGUAAUACAAGUCAAUUAUAGAUAAAGCAAUAUGAGCAACUAAAUAAUGACGUAAAAGGAGAAAACUAUUUGAAAUUUGAUAAUACAUUAAAAUACAAUUACUCACAAAUAAACGGUAAAAAAAAUAUAUAAAAGAUGAAUAUAAAGGAAAUAUAUAGAAGCAUGUCUCUGUGCUGAGAUAAGGAGUUGUAUCGCAUAGUAAACGAAAGUAAAAAGAAAAGAGAAAAUCAACUAGGAAGCUACAAAUAUGAAUACGUCGUAUCUUUUAGGAGAGGAUGAGGAAUGGGGUCGCAGAUAUUAUUUUACUUACUACAGCGAAUUCGGAGAUAGAAAGGGAAUCAGCGGCAUCGAGGUUAUUCUGCUGGCGAUAAGUUUUGUGGUGGCCGUUGGUGCAAACCUCAUCAUCGCCGUUUGUGUCCUCGGAUACCGGGAGAUGCGAACUCCUACGAACCUGUGCCUCGUGAACCUUGCCGCGGCUGAUCUUUUAUUCGCUCUGGGUGUUCCUGCGGUCGCAUACACAAGACUCACGCACUCUUGGAAAUUGGGCGAAAUCGUUUGCCGUAUGUUACCAUAUUCGCAAUUCGUCUGUGGAUUUGUGCUACUCUGGACAUUAACGUUGAUAUCGAUGGAUCGGCAUCGGUGUCUUGUUGUGGCCCCCUAUCGGAGCGGCCUAACUUGCACAAAGGUCGUAGCUGCUAGCUUCGUCACCUGGACCAUCGCAGCAUCCCUCUUUCUGCCAACAGUAUUCUGGUUCAAGCCAAAGGAGGUUUUGGAUGGCUCGACCAUAUGCACUCUCGUUUUUCCCCGAAGUGAAAUACUCAAUAUAUCGCUUUGUUUUACAAUUCCAAUAAUCGUAAUUGCCUGUAUCUUGCCCAUGAGUUUGCUAGUCUAUCAUUAUCAACGGAUCUUUCAGAGAAUACUUAAUACGAGAAACAGAUGGGCCGUCUCAUGCGUAGCUCAGGGUUUGGAGACGGAUUCGAAUCGUCGACGGGACUCGGAGCUAUCGGUAAUUGGGAUUUUAGUAUUGUGGGCCGGUCGAAAAACAUCCUCGGCUUCGGUGACGGGCAGUAGCGGUGUCGUGAAUCGCCAAGGUCGCACUGGUAGUCUGUCCCAGCACGAGGAGAUCAGACUGCACAAGCACCUACGAGUUGUGCGCAUUCUCCUACUAAAUGUCAUGGCGGUACUCGUCAUGUGGCUGCCAAUAACCGUAGUUAUGAUGCUUAUUUACUUGGACGGUCGGAGACCCACCGAGGACACAAAUUUCUUUUUAAGAUCCCAUCACUUUAUCUGGGCACUGGUGAUAGCGCAGUUCAACACGGUCGUGAAUCCUCUCCUUUAUGGAGUGUUUUCGGAAAACUUUCGCUCGCGCUUCGGCAAACUUUGGAAACGGGAUCCGGGUGAGAAUGUUGGUAACGCCAACUGUACAAUCAGUGCUGAACGCGGUAGUGGCCAUUAUUCCAGGAGUGCUAAAACCAAUAACACCAGCAAGUCUUUAGAGGCGCUUCAAGAUAGACUCGCCAUUAAAACAUCAGUCAGUGUCUUUCGAAGCACCAACUACUCAUCAGCGAAACCCACUAAGCCUUCCAACAGCACCAUCCAAAGUAUCACCGAAAUUUCGACGUCCGAACGACUUUAAUCCCUGUUCUCUCGUACAUAUAACAAUAAGUCUCGUAAGCUACUCUACUGCCACCAUUUCAUUAAGUAAUGGCAAU